AUGCAGGUGGGUGGCCAAGAAGAAGAAAGAGGACCUGGGCCUCAUCUAGGUCAACAGGCUCCCCCUGCGGUCGUCCCUCCGCCGCCUUACCCCGGGAACCAUAAUAUAAUGCACUACCCUUACCCCGGACAACUACCCUUACCAAUACCACCACCACCUGCUCCAGCAGCGCAUGAUCAGGAAGGCCAAGGUGCGGCUGCUGGUUUCGUUGGUUAUAAUCCUGCUGUCCCAGCAGCAGGGACCUGGGGAGGACCACCAGGGCCAGGAACGAGACAAGAGCAACCACAAUGGCCUAUAGUUUCCCCGCAAGGUUCCCCGCAAACUAUGACCACGGCAGGACCCGGAGUUCAAGUUCCUCUUCAACCAGCGGCUCCUGCACCAGGAAUUAUGCAGCACGGCAUCAAUUGGCAACAGGUUGCUUCACGACCAGAUCCGUCGCUGAUGGGUCCUACCUACGACUACCCGGGAGGUGUCGUGUCUUUUCCAUCGGCGUUUGCCGGGUCAUUCGCAGGGCCUUCGACGAUGAGUUCUUCACCUGCUUCUAUGGGGGCUGCCGAGUUUGGUGGUGCUGGUGGACACUUUGGUGGCGGUUUCGGUCCUGGUCUUGGCCAACCACAACAGCAGUUAAAUUAUAUUGCAGGAGAGAAGAUGCCACCACAACUACAACCAGGAGUUGUACCUCCACAUACUCCACCACAAGUAUUUUUCCCUCCUUCUCCACAAAUGAUGAGCACCAGCGACUACUUCUUGAUGCAGCAGUUGCAACAACGUGGUCAAGGCGGAUGUAAUAUUACCACCACUUCUUCUGCCCCCGGGGGCGGAUCUAGUUCCAGUUCGUCUCAUCUCUCCCGACCCGUAGGCGGCGGCCGGGGAUCUCCGGAUGGUGGAGCGGCGCAAGCAACUUCGGAUGGUGUUGGAGCGGCGCACGAGGGUGGUCCAGGUGAUGUCCUGUGGCGGGGCGCCAAAGGUGAUGCAAGGAAAAAAGGAAAAGGUGGAAAAGCUGCAUCAUCAUCGAGGACGAGAGAAAAGCUGAACAAAGAAACAAAAUCCGUCGUUGAUCCGGACACAGCUGCGCCACAGCAAGAACAGGGUCAUGCUCGUGUUGAACCAGGAACAGUAUCGCGGCG